AUGGCCGUCAACCGCGGCCGCGCCGGCGGUGGUCAUGUGACCUUCGACUCGUCCUGCAACGUGCUGUUCCUGCGUUAUCCCGAUCGUAGCGACGCGUCCUUCGCGCGAUUCCGCGGCGACUGGGAACGGUUUGUCAUGGCGUCUGUGCUGUGUCUGCAGUACACGCAGGCUAUGAAGACGUACGACAGCAUGCACCGACUCAGAGCCGUGUUCCAUGUGGGGACCUUUGAUUACACCAGUGUGCGUGUGCGGUAUGCGAGUAUGGUGGAUCUGCCCACAGCCUCAGCCGGUUCUGUUGCUGCGGCUGCUGCUGCCAGUGUGGGGGGUGUAGGUGGUGUUGGUGCUGGGACUAAAGAGGGUGCUGUGGUUGCCACGGGGACGGGGCCGG